AUGACCAGAACUCUGUUUUCCCUCCCUGCAAAUCUAGCCCCUGAUGAGGCCAGUCCAGAGUGGAUGAACAAAGGUGACAAUGCAUGGCAGCUCACAGCAGCUACGCUUGUCGGCCUCCAAAGCAUUCCAGGACUUCUUAUACUGUACGGAGGGUCAGUGAAGAAGAAAUGGGCCGUGAAUUCAGCUUUCAUGGUGCUCUACGCUUUUGCCUGUGUUCUUGUCUGUUGGGUGCUUUGGGGCUACAGAUUGUCGUUUGGUGACAAGAUGAUUCCAUUUUUGGGAAAGCCCAAUGGCGCAUUGGAUGGAGAAUAUCUAAUCCAACCAGCGUUUUUAGGGUCAUUCCCCAAUGCAACAAUGGUGUUUUUCCAGGGUGUUUUUGCUGCUAUCACUCUGGUUCUGAUUGCUGGAGCUUUGUUGGGGAGAAUGAAUUUUUAUGCUUGGAUGCUGUUUGUGCCACUAUGGUUAACCUUUUCCUAUACCAUUUCGGCUUUUAGCAUAUGGUAUCCCGAUGGAUUUCUUGCAAAGAUGGGACUGAUAGACUAUUCUGGCGGAUAUGUCAUCCAUCUAUCUUCUGGAGUUGCAGGUUUCACAGCUGCAUACUGGGUUGGCCCUCGUCUAACCCAAGACAGGGAGCGAUUUCCUCCAAACAACAUCCUUCUGAUGUUAGCUGGAGCAGGUUUGCUGUGGAUGGGUUGGACAGGGUUCAAUGGAGGAGAUCCCUACGUAGUCAGCACUGAUGCUUCCUUGGCUGUACUGAACACCCACGUUUGUACUGCUACUAGCCUACUCACUUGGCUGGCACUCGAUCUUGUAUUCUUCAAAAAGCCUUCUGUCAUCGGUGCAGUUCAAGGCAUGAUCACUGGUUUGGUCUGCAUCACACCAGCUGCUGGGGUUGUGCAAGGAUGGGCAGCAAUACUAAUGGGUCUUUGUUCUGGGUCAAUUCCAUGGUUCACCAUGAUGGUUGUCCACAAGAGAUCUGAACUGCUUCAAAAGGUGGACGACACAAUGGCUGUUCUACACACUCAUGCCAUUGCUGGAAGCCUAGGAGGAAUACUUUCUGGCCUCUUGGCUGUACCAAAGCUUAGCGCCUUGUUCUAUGGUGCGCCCUUGCACUACAUUGGCCUAUUUUAUGGAUUAGCAUACGGUAGAGCUGGUGCUGGCCUUCGACAAAUAGGAGUUCAGUUGCUUGGGAUUUUGUUUGUUGUCGCUCUUAACAUUGUGAGUACAAGCAUAAUCUGUCUCUUGGUGCAACUAAUUGUGCCUUUAAGGAUGUCUGAGGAGGAUAUGGAGAUCGGUGACGAAGCUGCUCAUGGGGAAGAAGCUUAUGCCAUUUGGGGUGAUGAAGAAGAAAAGGUUGAUACCAAGUACAGAGGAUCAGCUUCAAAAGAUAAAUUGCCAGCAAGUAGAGCCGCAGGUCAAGUGGAGAUGACAUGA